UGGUGGGGGGGUCUUCUGGCAGCGACGGGGAAAGAGCUUUUAUUGCGGCAGCUCGGUUGCCUGCUCCUUCGGGCAGCGCUCUCUCUGACGGCGGCUGGGGAUGUUGCUUUUGCAGAUCGGCCCUUUGGAUGAGUGUUGGUGGGAGCCCCUUCCUAAACUGAGCCCUCUCCAUCGAGAGCUACUGGAAAAAGGAAUUGCAGUUUUCCAUAGGUGGUCCCUCCCGCUUGGAUGGCUCCUGAGAGCUGAACGGCACCCUGGCUGGUGACCAUGGAUCCUUCCUCACUGCUUCCACUCGUCCUGACUCCUGACCCCCGGGGUUUUAAUCAGGGGGCAGCAGAGCCCAGCGAACCUGCCCCGGACCCCUGCAGCCUCCUGUCAGAAAGGCACUAUGAGGUGGUCCCCUGCGUGAUCUGUGCCCUCUGCUGCAUCUUUGGAAUCGUCUAUUGCUGCUUCGGUUACCGAUGUUUCAAAGCCAUCAUGUUUCUCUCGGGCCUGCUCUUUGGCUCGGCUGUCAUCUUCCUGCUUUGCUACAAGGAACGCAUCUUGGACACGCAGUUGAGCCUGGAGGUCAGCGCGGGCAUUGCCCUGGGCAUUGGAGUCCUGUGUGGCUUGGUCACGAUGUUGGUGCACUCGGUUGGGUUGUUCCUGACUGGGCUUUUGCUUGGCUUGCUAUUAGCCACCGCUGGGCUGGUGGCCACGGAGCCUUUAUAUGAGCUGCCCAGCGCAUGGGUCCCUGCUGGAUCUCUUCUGGGCUCUGCCCUCUUGGGUGCUGUUCUGGCCUUGCGCUGGCAGAAAGCCUUCACGGUGCUCUCCACAGCAGUGUUUGGGGGCGCCAUACUCACCCUUUGCUUGGACUAUGCCGUGGAGAACCUGGCUUUGGGCCGCCACAUAUACGACCGCCUCCGUCUGGCACCUUCCUCUCCGCUCUGCUGGUGCGGCUGGGCCGUGCUGGCCAUCUGGCCUGUCCUUGCUUUGAUGGGAGUGCUGCUGCAGUGGAAAGUGACGGCUGAAGGUUUCUCCCAUACAGAUGUGGUCCUUAAUCGGCGGCAGAAGCAGUUACAGCUGUUGCGGAUUCGGCAGCGUGAAGCCAAGAAGAGGCAGAGCCAAACUCCACAAGAGGGCUCCUACCGGCAUAAGCCUAACGCCAUCAAGCGCUGUGCAGGAGAUGUCCUUGCGCCAAGUUAUAUCCAGAGCCUGCGUGACCGCCAGCAGCUGGGAACUGGUACAUCACUGAGUAGCCUGAGCACCAAUGCGCAUACUGCGGUGGAUCUGGAUUAUGACUGUGGCUCUACUGUGCCCCUUACCAAUCCCCGGGGCUGCCUCUGAAACAGAUGAUUUCUACUUCUACAUGUGCCUUAACCAGGGAUGCACAGCUCAGCCCUGGGCUCUGACAUUUUUGUCCUUUUUAGAUCCCAGUACAUGGACUGCUCUUAACCUGUGCGCGCACACACAUAUCUCUCAUUUUCUGUCUUUUUAAUAAUUCAGAUUGGGUGGAUUCACCUACCCACGUCUCUCUGUAAUUGCGUCAAAAUAGUAGAACAGAAGGGUUUUGUUUUUGUUUUGUUUUGUAAAAAGCACAUUAAUUUAUUGCCAGUUAAGGCAAGUGAAGGAAGAAAGCCAACCUUCUUCUGCAGGGCAUUCACAGCUGCCUUUCAAACAGCACUGCCACAACGUGUUUUGUCUUUGGUGGCUGACCUGAAUUUUGAAGCUGGCGUAGUGUCAGCUGUUACCCAGGUUAAAGUAAACUGGAGACAUCCACCCCCUUCUUUUGCAUGAAGGGGUUAUGUGCCCUAGUCUGCAGCAGAUCUAGAACGUGGUCUUGAGUAUCUUUUUGACCUAAAUUUCUUUCUUUUUUUUAAACUGCCCUUGUAGAACUUUUAUCUCAGGGGUGCAUCAGCUAGGCAAUAACUUGAAAUUGUUCUUUGCACUGCAAGUGGAUAGGGUAAAUUGGUCUGAUCUGUGGUGCUUUUGCAAGACUUAGCCAUUUUUUAAUGUUGGUAUAAAAGAACUGUGUGAGAAUGUUCACAAUUCUCCCUCUCACUGGGCAAUUUGGUUUUCCUAGUAAUGGAAGGUAUGCAUCUUUUUUUUUUCUUAAUCUAGAUUAAACUCCAGUCCGCACAGUGCCUUUUUCAGUCUAAACACAGCCUUACCUAAAUGGAAGUGGGGUUUUUUUUUUUUUUGUCUAA